AGAAAAUGAGCAACAAGCGUUGGAGAAUCUAAAGAAAGAAGUAUUUGAUCCCACAAAUUUACCCCCCUCUUGGAUUGUUGGAGAAGAUUGUUGUGAAGGGGAAGGAGUUAUGUGUCACAAUCUGACUCGUCAUGUGAUUGAGCUACACAUACGCAAUGGUUUGUACGUGUACUUACCAAGAUAUGAUCUAAGGAUCAAUAACUUUGAUUGGCUGCCAAGUCUUUCAAAUCUUGAGAACUUGGAGAUGGUGGAUGUGGAUCUCAGCAAUGUAACUAACUGGCUACAGGUCAGUACCAUGCUUCCUUCUCUUGUUGAUCUUAGUUUAGUUAAUUGCAGUCCUCAUCAUAUACCACCUCUACUUCUUCAUAAUUUUUCUUCACUUGAAACACUCAACCUUUCUUGUAACAACUUUAGUUCUUCUAUUCACAAAUGGAUUUUCAAUCUCCCUAGUCUUGUUUCUCUUGGUUUGAGUGUUAGUAAUUUAAUUGGCCCUUUUCCCGAAGGUCCUGUUAACUUUACUUCUCUCAGGAGCUUUAGGGCAGGUUUCAACCAUUUCAAUUGUUCUUUACCCAGAUGGUUGGUUGAUCUUAAUAAUCUUGAAACUCUUAAGCUUCGUUAUAGUGGUAUUGAAGGUGCGAUGCCGCGUGAGGUCGGAAACGUAACAAAACUUAGAAUUCUUGAUCUUUCAUACAACAACCUCAACUCCACUAUCCCGAAUUGGAUCUAUCGAUGUCAAGAUUUGGUAUCACUUAGUCUUGGUGAAAGCAAUAUUGAGGGAGUAGUUUCAAAUGCGAUUUCAAAUUUGAGCUCAAUAAUUGGCAUUGAACUUUUUGGAAAUAUGCUUUCUGGAAAAUUACCUGGAAAGUUAUCGAAAUUACAAUGGCUUAAUCUCUCAGGAAAUCUAUUCAAGGGAGAAGUAUUUGAAUUGUUCAACAGUAGUUCUUUUUUGUGGGUUUUGAAACUAAGAAACAAUAGUCUGACUGGAACACUCCCAGAAAGUCUUGGCCAACUCCCAAUGCUAGAAGAGUUUGACAUCUCCAACAAUAGGUUAGAAGGUGUUGUAACAGAAAGUCAUUUUACCAAGUUGACACAAUUGACGGAUUUCUAUGCAUCUAACAAUAAUCUGACUUUAAAAAUGCUCAAUCUUUCUCAUAACCAAUUUGUUGGUGAGGUUCCAACUAUCUCAACACCUUAUAAUUGGUUAAUGUUAUUGGGUUCCAACAAUUUCAGUGGUCCGCUACCUCUGGUUUCGCGCAAUGUAUUUGAGAUAGACCUCUCAAACAAUUCCUUUUCAGGAGGUUUAUCUCACUUCUUGUGUGAAACAAAUAAGAACUAUAAAUUUAAGUUCUUAAACCUUGAGGGAAAUGAUUUGUCAGGAGAAAUUCCUGAUUGUUGGAUGAAUUGGCGAAAGUUGAUAGUUUUAAACUUGGGGGACAUUAAGUUGAUUGGAGACAUACCAAAAUCCAUGGAGUUGCUGAAAAUUGAUUUAGCGGAGAACGAGUUCGUUAGACAACUACCACCAUGGUUAGGAAUGAAGUUUUCAGAUUUUAUAAUCCUCAGCCUUAGCGCAAACAGAUUCUAUGGUGAAUUGCCUCCAGAAAUUUGUUACUUCAAAGAUCUUCAGAUCUUAGACCUUGCAAACAAUAGUUUCUUUGGAACCAUACCAAGGUGUAUUAGCAAUUUAACAGCAAUAGUCUCUGGAAAUAAGUUGGGGGAAGCUUAUAUUGAGUAUUUUGAUCAUUAUUAUGAUUCUAGUGAAGGAAAUUUGGGAGAAAGAGCAAUGGUGACAACUAAAGGCAAUAUUUACCAGUACGAUAAAAUAUUGGCAUCGGUUACAAGCAUGGAUAUGUCUAACAAUAAUCUUUCUAGAGAUAUUCUCUUAAGUUUUACCAGUCUUGUAGGAUUGAGAUUCUGUAAUUUCUCAAAAAACCAUUUGACAGGUAGGAUCCCAAAUGGCAUUGGCAACAUGAAAGUUCUCAAAUCCCUUGAUCUUUCAGAAAAUCAACUUUCCGGUCAAAUCCCGCAAAGCUUAUCGAGUUUGUCAACUUUGAGUUUCCUAAAUCUGUUUUAUAACAAUUUGUCAAGAAAAAUACUAGUGAGCACUCAAUUUCAAAGCUUUAAUUCCUCGAGUUUCCAGGGAAAUGAUCUUUGCGGGCCUCCACUCUUUGCGAACUGCAAUUCAGGUGGUCAAAUUCCCGAUGUUGAUACUGAAAAGGAUGAGAGUGAUUGUUGGAUUUUGUUUAAUAGCAAAAGAAGGAGUGUCACACCUGUUCCAAUAGCUAUGACUGUUUUGAAAGGUUGCAAACCUCUUCAGAGUGUCACACUUGUUCCAACAGCCAUGACUGUUCUGAAAGGUUGCAAACCUCUUCAGAAACAUCACCAAGUUGGCUAUAAAUAG